AUGGACAGGCUGUUUGGGAAGAGAAAGACUCCGGAGGAGCUGCUUCGGCAGAACCAGCGAGCCUUGAACAAGGUAAUGCGGGAGUUGGACCGGGAGAGGGACCAGCUGGAGAGACAGGAGAAGAAACUGGUCGUCGACAUCAGGAAGAUGGUCAAGAGCGGGCAGAUGGAGGCGGUGAAGAUCAUGGCCAAGGAUCUGGGCAUCGCGCUCAAGAUUCAGACAUUGAAGUCACAGGCUGCCAUGGCAAAUGCUAUGAAAGGGGUGACAAAAGCCCUGCGCAGUAUGAACAAGAAGAUGAACCUCCCCCAACUCCAGAAGGUCAUGAUGCAGUUUGAGCGAGAGAGCGAGAUCAUGGAUCUCAAGGAAGAGACAAUUUCCGACACCAUCGAUGACAGACGACGAUGA